AUGGCUUCAAGAUUCGGCGCGUCCUCGCUCCACCAGCGCGACUCCCGCAGCGCCUUGUUCGAGGGCUACACCGGCGACAACGCAAGGAGGCCAGUCAGUGCCUCGCCAUCGCGUCUUGGCGGGUAUGGCUAUGGCUACGCCGGCGGUAGUGCCUCCCCCGCGCCCACGGGGAGCCACCUCGGCGUCGACAACGGCACCCGGGGGUUCCGCCCGGCGACGCCCAACUCGAGGGGUCAAUACAGCGAUGCAGUCCUCAACGAGCUCGAGAGCCAGAACGAUGAGCAGGUGGAGGGCAUCAUGGGCAAGGUCAAGAUGCUGAAGAGUAUGACGGUAGCCAUUGGUGACGAGAUCCGCGAAUCCUCCGCCAUCGCCGAGAAGAUGAACGACACCUUCGACUCGACCCGGCUGCGCCUUCGCGGCACCAUGAACCGCAUGCUGGUCAUGGCUCAGCGCACCGGCGUGGGCUGGAAGGUCUGGCUCGGCUUCUUCGCUGCUGUCUGCUUCCUCUUCAUAGUUGGGAAUACCAACCCCCCCUAUGGGUCGCGGUAUGAGGGCUUGACAAAGGUCAAUGAGUUAGUUGACCUUGGAAAAUGGCAUGCUCAGAGACGAAGUUACGGCAAGCGGGAGGAGUUUUGCGAGAGAGACGUUCGGAUUACAACCCUGGUCCGCAAGGGCACAGGAAAUGGCGUCUUUUCUCGCGAGGUUGAGCUUGAUCUUGCAUUGCCCAGGGUCGGCCGCGAUUGA